AUGCUAGUCCUCGUCAUCGGCGACCUGCACAUCCCCUUCCGCGCACACGACUUGCCCGCCAAGUUCAAGAAGCUCCUCGUACCCGGCAAGAUCCAACAGAUCAUCUGCACCGGCAACGUCUGCAACACCGAUUAUCUUCACUAUCUGCGCACCAUCGCUGGAGAUGUUCACCUCGUCAAAGGCGACUACGAUGACAACCCGCAUUUCCCAUCGAGCUUGAUCCUCAACCAUCCACCACUUCGCAUCGGUGUGCUGCACGGCCACCAGGUCGUGCCAGCGGGCGAUACACAAUCGCUAGCAGCCGUAGCGAGAGCGAUGGAUGUCGACAUUCUCUUGACGGGUCACACACAUCGGUUCGAGGCGUUCGAGCUGGAGGGCCGCUUCUUCGUCAACCCAGGUAGCGCUACAGGAGCUUGGCAUCCUACCUGGCCAUUAAGGGAUCCUGCGUCUGUAGCUGCGUUGGCAGAGAAGGCAGCAGCCAAGGCGAAGGAUGACAAUGCAGCUGCUGGCAAGAAGGCGGACGAUCCGAAGGCGAAGAAGGGAGCGAAAACGGCUGACAGCAAGAAGGGCGAUGACGCAGCAACUGACAAGGCGACCGAUGCGAAUGCGGACGACAAGGCCGGCGACGCGAAAGCAGAAGAGGUCGAAGAAGCAAAAGAGGCACCAGCACCCAUUCCUAGCUUUGCUCUGCUCGACAUUCAAGGAGCUGUCGUUGUCACGUACGUUUACCAGCUCAUCGACGGAGAUGUCAAGGUGGAAAAGAUCGAAUACAGAAAGAACGUCGACAGCAACUCGUUGGCCUUGCAACGUGGUGCGUCGGGGAAUGCCGCUGCUGUCGGCGCGGGAGGAGCCGGCUAUGGUCCAUACGGAGGGCGAUAG